CAAACACAUUACUCCAAACUGAGACUCCUAAAUGGACAUCGGUGUGCGCCCACUGACCGCCUUGUGCCGGUCUCCACGGCCACCCACUUAUUUUGUACGUCAGGAAGGGAAGCCAGUGUAUUUCCUCCCCUUUCUUUAUCCAAAGGAAGUGCCAAAAUAAGCAUCAGCAGCGGAGCGCCCGAGCACCUUUCCUACUGGCCACUGAGUUGGUGACCGAGGAAGAAGUCGGAGGGGUUUACGGCCGCACGAUCACCAUGAAGACCGCCAGUGUUCUCGUCCUCUUCCUGCUGGCAUCCGUGCAUUUCUUCACACCAGUUUCAUCAGAUGCUGAGGCAUCAGCAUCCCCGAGAACACAUAUAGCCACAACACUGGCGGUGCCAGCAAAAGCCCCAACUGCAGCACCACAUGUAGCACCAACCGCUGCACCUGAUGGAGCACCAACCGUCGCACCACAUAUAGCACCCACCAUAGCACCAACCGUAGCACCGGGCGUACCACCAACCGUAGAACCAACCACAAAAGCAGCGGCAACCACAGCGGCAGCACCAACUCCAAAGGCAACGACGACGAAACCACAACCUGCAGCUCCCACUGCUCCUCGAGUCGCCACCAGCAAGUCUCCUGAGAACAAAAAAACUGAGGCGGCAACCCUCGCGCCGAAGAGGCCCGUGGCCUCAGCGACCGCAGCAUCUGCAGCCACCGGGGCCUCGACAGCUCGCCCUGUGACCCGGAAAACUUUGAUAAAUGUCAGUUUUCAACCAAGAUCUCCUCAGCCCGACUCUGGAAACCACACGGUGGUCCACACAACUGAGACUCCAGGUACACCUCCUCCUGCCCCAGCACACCACACCACGAGACCUGCAGGGACGCCACCGCAUCUGAAUGAAAAGGGUGCGGAGACAGGUGCAGGUUCUCUGUCUGGCACUGAUGGAAAAGUACCCCCCAAAUCAGACAAAAGGCUGUGGUGGAUUCUGUUGCCCGUCCUCCUGGUGGGAGCUGCCGCGACCAUCGUCCUCAAAUCCAAAUGCAAGAAGAUCCACGAUCACUCGGAAACCAUUGACACCGGAACGGAGAACGCAUCUUUCCAGAGCAGACCCGAAAGCACCAAAGACGGUGUCAUGCUCCUCGGCGUGAAGUCGGCGGCGGCAGAAGAAACUGCUGCUGCGAGAUAAUGCAAAAAAAAGACAAAAGAAGGGCAGCAACAUCAAGAUCGGCCGGUGGUUGGGUCCUGCACACCGACGGUCUUAAGGAGCCGUUAAGAUGUUUGAUUUUAUGAAUUAUUUUUGUGAAACAUUUUGGAAAGCAGAAACGAAUGCAUGAUUCUGCGUGUUGAAAACGGUUCUGUUUGUAAGUGAACUCCUAGUUUCAAUCACAAAACACAUUCCCUUGGACUCAUACAGUAAAUAUUUUAAUUGAAAGUAUGAGAUGAACACUUUAAGUAGAUUAAUCAUUGCCUGUGGAAUUGAAUAAAUGAACUUAAUCUGCUUUAGUUCAGUAUUCUGUAGACAAAGACACACCUAAAUACUACUUAUAUCUGUCCACAUGAUGGCCCACAAAACACAUCUCCUGUACAGUGCACUGACCUCACGUUUGACUGUCAUAGUUGUAUAUUGUCUUUUGGUUGUGUUGUUUGUUUCAUCAUGGAUGUCCUUUGAACUGCAGAUUGUGAUGUUUUUAGUUUGUCCUUUAAUUUCCCCCAAAGGAAGGCAUUGUAACUAGCUCUUUUGAGGUGUGCUAAUAUAUAUAUAUAUAUAUUUGUUAUGUGUCUCGGUGAAGUAUUUCUUAAUAAGUUGUUGCUUCUCCACUGCAAACGUGUAUUAAGCCAACCAAGUUAGUGUUGUACAUUCACCAUCAAUUGUGUGUGCAUGCGAAGGAUUUGCAGUAAUGUUACAAUUUAAGUUGUUAGCAAAUAUUCAAGCACAAUAAAUAAGUGAAGCAGAUGCAGGGGGGUGUAUUGAAAUGACACUGUAACCGCUUUAUGUCUGAAUUUCGUUGCUCUCAACCUCAAGUUGUCAUCCUCAAUAAAUCCCUCGGAAACGGA